AGCAACACAGAGGCCUCGCGCUGUGGUCGAAACUGCUCUGACAUCUCAUUUUCGUUCUUCGACUGAUGUUUGUCUGCAUCCACUUACACAGAACGGUUUCCAGUAAAGUGUUCCAAGUGCCUUUUUUCAGAAACCCAAAUCCACAUGAAAACAAUGGCAACAAGAAAAAGGUGUAAACUUUCCAGGACAGGCCCAGAUUUUGAAAAUGUGAUAAAGAGGUUAUUGUGCGUCCGAACUUUUCACACAAGAAUUGGAGGAGAUUUAACACCAGGAAUAAUAAACAUAGGAAAACCAGCUAAUGCAGAGCAGAUGGGCCUGCAGGGCGUCAGUGCUAAGCACUUCGAUGUCUCUCCUUUGGACCUUUGGACUCAAGAUGACUGAAUGCUAGUUUCUCUAAUUCCAAAUAAAGUCAGUGCAUUCGGGGAAACUAUCAAUAUGAUUGGUUUGAUUUCUAGGAUGAUAAAUGGAUUAAGAUUUUUUUGGGGAGUGGGGAUGAGUGAGAGGCAACACAGUGCCACCAGAGGGCGCUCUCUCGGGGGCAGGAGCUCCUCCCGCGUCCCUGGUACCUCCAGUCCGCUGGGACCCUGUCUAAAGACUCAUCCUUCUCGGUCCCACAUGGAAGCAGACGGCUCUGCUGCUGCUGCCUAG